AGUUCGCUUGUUGGCUCCAUUUGAUUGUUCCUGGGUGACGGCCAUCCAGGGAGCAUGAGCCAGCAUAUCCUGGUAACUGGUGGAAACACGGGCAUCGGCCUUGCAUUGUGCAAGCAGCUGACUUAUGACUAUGGCUGUCAUGUUUACUUGUGCUCCAGAUCAUUAGAGAAGGGAACAGCAGCUGUGAAGAGCAUUGUGGAUGGUAAACCGGCAUCCUGCAAGGGCCAAUGUGAAGUCGUGCAGUUGGACACCUCCUCAGAUGAAUCGGUGGUGUCUGCAGUGGCGGAUGUGAAAGCUCGCUUGGCAGAGGGCGCGCAGCUCUAUGCCAUCGUGAACAAUGCAGGAACCGGACUUGGCCAUGGUGCGACCCCGGAUGUGGUGAUGAACACCAACCUCUUUGGACCGAAACGAGUCAUUGAGGGCUUCAUGCCUUUGCUUAGCAAGUCUGGCCGCAUUGUGAAUGUCGGCUCCGGUGCCGGCCCGAUGUAUGUUGCCAGGUGCUCCUCAGACGUGAAGAAGAUGCUUUGCAACCCAGAUAUCUCUUGGGAGCAGAUCGCAGAACAUGCCAAGUCAGGACUGGGCUCUUCAGCGGACGGCAUGGGUGGCUACGGCUUGUCGAAAGCCUUGUUGAGCUGCUACACCAUGCUGCUGGCCAAGCAGCAUCCUGAGCUCUUGAUAAGCUGCUUGAGUCCGGGAUUCAUUGAGACGAGUAUGACCAAGGGCAUGGGAGCUUCCAAGUCGCCUGAAGAGGGGACGGUGUCAAUUAGACAUUGCCUCUUUGAAAAGCUGGAUGGAAACGGAUGGUUUUAUGGAUCCGAUGCACUGAGAUCUCCUUUGCAUUUCUUGAGAAACCCCGGUGAACCUCCUUACAAGGGAGAACCGGUGGAAUAAGUGAUGUAGUUAGGAUGUGGGAAUUGUAGGGAUGUGGGACAUAGUCAGACAUAGGUUUUGGACACUUUUCGCCUGAAGGCCACCUGAAUGAAGGCUUAUGGGACGAAAAAAUCGAG